ACGAGGCUACAGCCAGCACACAGAGACACAGACGAAGAAGCAGCAGAGUGUGUGUCCUUCUGUAUGAAUUAAAAUAAAUAAACAGAUAAAAAGAUACCCAGAGCAACACCUGGGUGUAACAGUGUGAACAAGAAGCUGAGCCCAGAGCAGAGGAGACCGGCACACUCUGAAGGAGGAGGGUGAGAAAGAUUAAAGGGGAAGCAGAAGAGAGAGGACAGAGGGGGAGACAGACAUCACAGCGUGGAGCAGGUUCCUUCUGCAGCCCUUGCACUCAUCCUCAGCAGACAUGCCUAACUUUGCCGGCACCUGGAAGAUGAAGAAGAGCGAGAAUUUUGAUGAACUUCUCAAAGCCCUGGGAGUGAAUGCCAUGCUGAGGAAGGUGGCUGUGGCGGCAGCCUCCAACCCCCAUGUGGAGAUUCAUCAGGAUGGAGAGCAGUUUUACAUCAAAACGUCCACCAGUGUGCGCACCACGGAAAUCAACUUCCAUAUCGGUGAAGAAUUUGAUGAGGAGACAGUGGAUGGACGAAAGUGCAAGAGCCUCGCCACCUGGGAGUCUGAGAACAAGGUCCGCUGUCAGCAGACUCUGGUGGUUGGAGAUGGACCCAAAACCUACUGGACCAGAGAGCUGAAUGGCGACGAGCUCAUACUGACCUUUGGGGCAGAUGACGUCGUGUGCACACGAAUUUACAUCCGGGAAUGAAGCUCUUCAGCCAUCAUCAGGACGAGACCGAUGUCCAGAUAGACCCACAAUACUCAGUCACGCUAACACACUAACACAUUUAUAAAGUAUCCUGCAUAAUCUGUCAGUAUCAGUCUGCAUAUAGUCUCUGUGUACACUAGCAGCAUCUCUGUAAUCUGGUCAUUUGUAGUGAAAAUUGUGUCUGCAGUACAGUAGCUAGAUACCAAUAUCUGCAACCCCAGUGCCAGUUGUUUUCAUAGGAUGUAAUCAUCAACUGCUUCAAUUAAAUACUGAUUCAAUAUGUUCAAUGGGUGCAACCAAUAAAAAUUAUAACAAGUGUCAGAGCCUCUUCUAA